AUGCUCAGCCGUCGCAUGUUGACCAAGGAGGAAGAGGAUGCCGUGGGAGACGAAGUCGAGGUCCGCCGCGAGGACCAGGACAAGAUCAACAAGUUCAGCCGUCUGCACCAGCACGAGCUCACAAUACAGGAGGAGCUGAAGGCGAAGAAUAAAGAGAAGGAAGAGCUCGAUGACAUAACAACCGAGCUGGAGCUCGCCGACGAGGAGGAUGUCGUCCCCUACAAAAUCGGAGACGCCUUUUUCCAUCUGCAGCUCCCGCAGGCCCAGGAACUGCUCGGCGCCUCGACCGCCAAGGUAGAAGAGGAGAUCGAGGAACUCGAAAACAAGCUAGGCAGCAUACGCGAGGAGAUGACACAGCUGAAAGUCGAGCUAUAUGCGAGGUUUGGGCGGACUAUUAAUCUGGAGACAUGA